UAAAACUAAUGAGAAAUAGCAAGCUGUAGUUUAACAGUAAAUCAAUAUAUGUAAUUUCGAAUUAGAAUCUUUACGUAAAGUUAAUUUAUUUAGGUAAUUCAGCUCAAUAAGUGAAAAUCACAGAUGACUUAGAUUCAGUACACACAGGAUGGUAUAUUUCAGCGGUUCAUUCCUUUUAAUUUACAUGGUUAUGGUUUACAGAUGAUGAAAAUGCUAAUUAAAGCUUUUCCGAAUAAAGGAUAACAUCAGAGCAAUAAAGGAAAGAUGCAUAGAUGUCGACGUUCUGAGAGAUGUGUCCGUGUACUGUAUAGUAUAUGCCCUCAAAACUUGGUCAGGGCCAUGUUUGCUUGAAAUAUUGCAUCAAGGCAGUGUGCCUCGGAGACGAUCAGCAUAUGGCUCUACAAUUUUAAAAGCGGCCUUCAGCUUGUCUGCAUUGUUGGCUCUGGUGUCUCUCACCUUCCAUUAAACAAGACUCUAUGUGGGUUUUAGGUCAGGGAAGGUUGGUGGACUAUCAGGAUCAUUAAAGCAGGUAUGGGUACUUUGGCUUGGUGUACAGGUGCCAAGUCCUGUUGGAACAUGAAAUUGACCUCACCAUAAGACUGGUCCACAGAGGAAAGCAUGAAGGGCUCUAUAAUUUAAUCUUUACUGACUGUGGACCUCAGAAAACACCAGCAGAUUACAACUUGGAUUCUGUUCCUCUUCACUCUUCCGCCAGAUUUAGGGACUUUUAUUACCAAAUAAAAUGCAAACUUUAUUUUGAUAUGAGAAGAAGACUUCAAACCACUGAGCGUGAGUGAGGCCCUUUUUUCUCCUUAUUCCAGUUAAGAAACUUGUAAUGUUUCUCUCUGGUUUAGGAGUGCUUAAAAUUUUCUGAAAGACUGAAUCAUUAAAAUUAGCAGAAAUAAAUAUGUGAAAUCUGUCACUGUAUUAAAUCUAUGAAAUAUGACAUACGCCUAUGUCUGUACUUUUAGUUUGCAUCUUUUUUAUUGUCUUAGUUUCUGUAUCCCCUUUGCUUUCCAGCAUGUCUGAGCCUGCUGAACUGCUGGUCAUCAAGGACCAGUAUGAGCUGGCCCAACAAUUCCUGAAUUGUGGAUCAGCAGCUGAAGAGGCUGACAACAAAUCAGAUGCUCUGGUGUAUUACAAGAAGGGUCAUCUGCAUCUUACUCAAGGACUGGAGGUUCCCAUUGGAGGGGAAAGGCAGCAGGGAAAGGCCUGGGACAAGGCCAGACAGCUUCAGCAGAAGAUGAAGGACAUGUUGGGAACUAUCGACACCCGCUUGUCUAAUCUGGAAAUGUCCACAAGAGGAGACACAAAUGGCUUACUGUUGGAUGUGCCUUCUAAUCUUUACCCAGACUUGAUAAAUAAUGGUCAGUCCACCAAUAGUUCUGUCCACCAUCUGUACCCCACCAUACCAGAUACAUCACACAGCACAUCACCAGCCCGAAUCAGCCCUAUUUCUCCUGCUGUCCUGGACACACACACACUCCCUGCAGCAGGUCUGGAAACUGUAGCCAUGGAUAACUCAGCAGACCUGCCUCCAGCAUACACACCAAAGCCCAGGGAUGGGCACCACAGCCUGGCUUAUGAUCCCAUUGGAGGCGGCCUCUGGUCAGGGGUGCCAACUGACGGGAAGGAGCUGCUCACUAUCCCCUCUGGGGUGCAGCUCUUCUUUGUGGAACCAAAUGGUCAGGUCAGCUCUCUGUCCUAUCCGGGCUACCUCCGCAUUAUCGCAGUGGAUAAUCAGCAAAGUGAUCCUACCACGGGAAAACCCACUGCAUUUUUACAUGUUUGUGACCGCCUGUAUCCCCUGACAGCAGAAACUCCGGUGCUACUAGCUAACUCUGGGAUCUUCAUGUUUCCCGAAUACUUGACAGAGUUACCUGGCUCCUAUGUGGGUUUAGUGCUGUCCUCUGAACUGCCUGCUGCAGACUGUGAGAUGUUUCAUGAUCUUCUAUCACAACUUGCUGAUCUCAGGAUCCAGGGAACAGAAGGAGGUGAAGGAGAGGUCAUGAACUUGACAGUUAAAGUUCCCCUCAGUCCUCACAAUGAGCAAACACAUCUAACAACACCAGAGGUGGAAAAGGUAACACCUCUACUUCCUGGGUGGAGUGAGAAGAUUGCUCAAGGAAUCUUGUCCGGAGCUACAAGGUUAAGUCAGUCUUUUGCAAAAGGAGCAGAGGCCACUGGGAAUAUAAUUCAAAAAGGAGCAGCACAGAUCCGGGACCGCAUCACACCAGAGGAGACCCCAUCCGAGGUCAGUCCACAGGUCAGCAAAGGUCUGAAUGCUACUAAACAAGCUACUGGCGGUGCUGUUCGAGCCAGUAAAUUCUUAGUGAAUGGCUUAAGUACAAUUGCAGGGCAUGUAGCAGAAAAGGUGGCACCUCAUGUGAAGAAGCAUGGGGCUAAGCUGGUCCCAGAGUCUUUGAAAAAGAGUCAAGAUGGCCAGCCUUCAAACUUUGAUGGAGCCAAGUUUGUAGCAGCCAGCAGUAUCCAAGGUUUGAGUACUAUUUGGGAAAGUCUAGAAACUGGAGCAAAACACGUCUGCAAAAGUGUUGCAAGUGAAACUGUCUCAACAGUAAAGUACAAAUUUAGGGGUUUAGAGAGUCUUAUAAACAUGUCCGGCAACAUUUGACUUCACUGGGGAGUAAAGGCAAAGGCUUGUGACUUUGAAUUAACAACUGAUCUACACUGCUCAAAAAAAUAAAGGGAACACUUAAACAACACAAUAUAACUCCAAGUAAAUCAAACUUCUGUGAAAUCAAACUGUCCACUUAGGAAGCAACACUGAUUGACAACCAAUUUCACA